AUGCUACUUAAAGCGUUUUUAAAUGAAAAGUAUUUCUUUUGGUGGCUUUUGAUUGCUAUCACCGAAGUGCGAGGCGAGGCGGCCUUCUCCAUCGAAUUGAACUCAUUUGAAGUUAAUAAAAAUUAUGAUACAACCUGGAUCGACUGGAAUACGAUGCGUAUGAAGAAGGUGGCACGCAACGAUUACGUUUUUACUGGCGAUUUUGCUAUCAACCGCAAUUUAGGAAACGAACAAAAGAUUUCGUUAAUGAUUUUCAAUUACUAUGGCGAGCAAAGAAAGAAGGGGAUGGUAGUGUAUACCGUGGAAAAGAAUUUUUGCACAUUUCUAAAAGAUGAAGAGGACAUCUAUACACCUAUUGUGCAGGCGUCCAAUCUACCAGCAGAAUAUACCUGUCCCUUUCCUAAGGGGAAUUACACGGUCGACAACUAUUCCCUCAAUCUCGAUUUUCUGCCGCCGGAAACACCCAAAGGACAAUACAUGAUAGAGGCGAGUUUAAAAAACGGCAUGAUGGCAGUUAGUCGGAUCGAUAUCGCGGUAACAAUUUCAUAA